AUCCCGAGGACGAAAUGGCAGCCAGCCAGCCACUGUCGCCUUGCUGAAAACAAAUGCAUGCGAUGCGAUUCUUGGGGUUCUCCGCCGCGCCGUCCUAUCUAAUCUAGCGAUCGACACCGACGGACAUUCUCCUCUCCGCCAGGCCCCCAAUCUCCGUCGUAUAUUAUACAUAUAUAUAAGCUUAUUCCGCUUGUUGGGCACUAGGUCCUCCAUCCUUGUUCUUCUUGCUCUUGGUUUGCUCGAUCGAUUGCUUGGCCGCCGGCUGGACUCGCUCGCUGGUUUCUUGAUCUGUUCUGAGCCGGCGGACCCUCGCCGGAGAUGGACAACGGGCACGCCAAAUACCGGGUGGCGGUCAUUGGCAGCGGCAACUGGGGCAGCGUCGCCUCUCGCCUCAUCGCCUCCAACACUGCCAAGUUGCCCUCCUUCUAUGAUGAAGUAAGGAUGUGGGUGUUUGAGGAGAUACUGCCAACAGGCAAGAAGCUAUCUGAGUCCAUUAACGAAGAAAAUGAGAACUGCAAAUAUUUGCCAGGUAUAAAGCUUGGACUAAAUGUUAUUGCUGAUCCUGACUUGGAGAGUGCAGUGAAAGAUGCAAACAUGCUGGUCUUUGUGACUCCCCAUCAAUUUGUGGAGGGUAUAUGUAAGAAGCUCGUAGGGAAGCUAAGGCCAGGAGCUGAAGCUAUCUCCCUCAUCAAGGGUAUGGAGGUCAAGAUGGAAGGGCCGUGCAUGAUAUCUAAGUUAAUUGCGGAUACACUUGGAAUCAAUUGCUGUGUCCUCAUGGGGGCAAACAUUGCAAAUGAGAUUGCUGUUGAGAAGUUCAGUGAAGCAACAAUUGGAUAUAGAAAAGAUAAGGAAGUGGCAAACCGAUGGGCUAAACUUUUUACCACACCUUACUUCCUAGUUUCUGUUGCUGAAGAUAUUGAAGGAGUUGAGCUGUGUGGGACUCUCAAAAACAUCGUGGCUAUUGCAGCAGGCCUUGUUGAUGGCUUGGAUAUGGGAAACAAUACAAAGGCGGCAAUUAUGAGGAUUGGUUUGCGGGAAAUGCGUGCAUUCUCUAAGCUUCUGUUUCCUUCAGUCAGAGAUAACACAUUCUUUGAGAGCUGCGGUGUGGCUGACCUAAUAACUACAUGCCUUGGCGGGAGAAACAGAAGAGUGGCUGAGGCCUUUGCAAGAAACGGUGGCAAAAGGUCUUUUGAUGAGCUAGAGGCAGAGAUGUUGCAUGGCCAGAAACUCCAGGGAGUGUCCACAGCAAGAGAAGUUUAUGAAGUCUUAACUUAUCGAGGGUGGCAGGAGCUGUUUCCUCUAUUAUCAACAGUGCAUGAGAUUUGUAUUGGACAAUUGCCUCCUACAUCAAUAGUUGAAUAUAGUGAGCACACCCCCAACCUCUCGCUCAUCGGUGGUCCUACUCCAUUCUACAGAGCUUGAUACUACAGUUCGGACUACUGCUACAAUUCUCAGUAUCACUUGUUAUAAACAAAGCAAGUUGGAAUAUACUGAAUAUCUGAAUCUUCUUUUUACAUAUAACUACGGUUUCAGUCAUGUUACCUCAUUAAGCGCAUGAUUUAUGAGUCCAUGCUUCUGUAUCCAGUUGGUUCAAAGUUGGUUGCC